UAGGGAUUGAGAAUUUGUUAUUGGCGAAUAUAUUUCAGGGAUUAUUCGGUGUGAUAUUAUGUGAUGUAAAGAUUGUGGGGUAAGUGUGGUGACGGCAAGCGUCGGCCGUGGGCGGGCGGGCUGCGCGGGCCGAGCCGGUGCGCCGCCUUAGUAGCUGCCUGCCGUCGAGACCGCCGCCCGUGUCGCGCCGUGCGACGCUCGUCCAGCCGCCGCCGGCGAAACUAACUGCAGCCGCGACCCGCUCCUAAGCUGUGCGAGCCGACCCACCAGCUCUGAGCCACUCCACAAGUUAUAUUGCAGUCUUCUUGGCGUACUUUCAUUUAGCUAAGGAAAACUGAUCUGAAGAAAAAAAGGAAAAAUAGCUUUUCCGAACUAGUGGAAGAGGUCGAAUAAUGUGGUCGGGCAUGCGCCCGGUGGGAGUGCGCAUAGGGUUGUGUACUUAGUAGCAGGGGAUGCGCGUGAGGUGGGGGGCGCGGGCGGGGACAAGCAUGCGCGUGUGCUGCGUGACGACCGUGCUGGCGGCGCUCGCGCUGCGCUCGGCGGCCGAGCCGGGCCCGCGGCGUUACCCAGCGGAGUGGCGCGGCGGCCGCGACCUCGCCCGCCGCCCGCUGAACGACUUGUUCGAGCCCGAAGCUGCCGCCGACGAGCGCGCGUACGCGCCGCGCCAGCCGCCGUCGCUGCCGCCCGGGGCACUGCACAAGGAGCGCCGUCGCUCGCGCAACAACAAGCGCGCACCACAUCUGCCUUCUGAGAUUGCCAGCCAAAUGAUGUUGAGGGCUUCUCGAUCCAGCCGACCCUACGAUGUACCCCAAAUAGAAUGUCCGCCAGCAGCGGACGGCAUGGAGCGGUUCGCCUGUCCGACGCCGGACCGGCAAGGGCGCUAUCGCUGCAUCGACGACCACGUGCUUUGCGACGGCUUCAUAGACUGUCCCAGCGGCGAGGACGAAGACCGACAAGCCUGCAUGUUCUAUAAAACGACGAAAGCCCACCUCGACGUCCUGGCCGACGCGCUGCUGCGGUGGGCGCGCGGACGCUAAGCCCCGGACCCCGACCACUGCGCACCUCCCGGCACCGCGGGCGCCAGUGCAGCUGCCAUUCGGACGCAACCAGUCAACAUUACUAAAAGGGUUGAACGUAAUAAAACAUAUCAAGUAGUGGUGCAGCAUACGCCAAAAACAUGA